CCUCGAUCUGAGCCCACUUGUUUACACCCUGGGCAUUCUCACCUCACACCACGCCGAGCUUCUCUUUUUUCCCUCUAAUUCCUCUCUUAUCCCUCUCCUCACGCUGCCCUGCUCACCAAUCAACCAAAGCACCCCAGCCAUUUAUUUACAAGGCCAAGGAGUCGUGUGUGAGGUGUGUGUUGGGGUACUGAGGCUGUUUAACAUGAGGCGAGGCGUGGGUAGCAGAGGGAGGGACACAAUGCCGCCCGUUCUGAAGAGCAGGGUGCAGAAGGUGAAGCAAGCACUGAGGCAAAAGAAAGAGCCGGAGCCACGACGGAGCAAUAGAACUCCCAAAAUUAGUGAGAAGCUGAAGGAGUACUUAGACGAUCAUGUUGAAGAAGAAAAACCAACGAGGAGGAGCGGCCGGCCCCCCAAAGUCACCGAGAAACUGAAGGAACUCAACAAUGCCAGAGGCAGCACAAAAAAGGCCAAGAAGGAGCUCCUAGAUCCUGUGCAGGCUAGCAAAAUACUUGGAGCUGAAUACAAGGAGGCCAAGGUCGUGAUCAAGGCCCUGUCCAAAUCAGCUUUACAGAACCAAUCCAGGAAAUACACAUUCAAGAAGGAGCCACGAGUCACCUUGAAGAGGCUUGGAAACAUGGGCGCAGGCAGCAAGAAGAACACCAGAGUAGCCUCGUCGAAACUGCUCAGGAGGAGACCCGGUUCAGCAAGGGUGACGUCUAAUAACAACAACUCGCAGUCGGGGUUAAAGAAAAUCGUGGUGAAGGCUGAGGUGGUGCAGAGUUCUUCCUCACCAGUGCCGAGGAAGAGGGGAAGGCCAAAGAGGGUAAACAGCAAUCCCGAGCCAGUCCUUACGGUUACGCAUGUUCCGGUACUGGGAACACGAGGGAAACGGAAGAGGCCGGACACGGAUAUCACGGAAACGAAGCCAAGAGAGAAGCGUGUUCGCAGGACACCAAGAGGUUCAAAGCAGGAGGAGGAAGACGAGGAGGAUGAAUCGCCUGAAGUCAAAACAAAAAUAACGCGCUUCGACCCGACAGUGAUGGAGAACCUUCUCGACUUCGGUUUAAAGGUCCAGGAAGUCUUGAGCUUCAACCGAAAGACACUGGACAAACUGCUUGACAACUGGGGGAACUCCGAGCCCACCACCGAGGAGGUUGAGAAGAAGUUUGAGGGCACUGAGAGUGGCGACCUCGAGGGCAUCAUGACCUGGCUGGAGGAGGAGCAGCGGCAGAGGAAGGAGUACCAGCAGGAGUUGUUGGAGACCUUGCGGACGUCACACAAGACCAACAUGGCGCUCUACUCCCACAUGCUGACGGUGCUGAAGUCGGUCACAGCCAGCGCUUAGAACCGACACUGUAAGAGUUAGUAUAGGACAGUUCACCCUCCGAGAAGACUAUUACGUACAAUAUGUUUAGCUGAGAAGGAUGUUUAAGCCUGCAGAAAGGUAGUUUAUUGUAUUGUAAAAGCAGCACACCACGCCUCCCUCUCCCUCCAGGAAACUGAUAUCCAUUUAAAAUUUGACUCCACUUAAGUUUGACCAUAAAGAUUUGACACCCGAAAGUUUUGAUGUAAAUUACUGUGGAAAAUUUUUGCUUUUACACGAGUAUUUAUGGCGUGUUACGGUGGCUGAGUGGAUAGCGUGACGGCGCCGCGUUCAGGACGAUGCGAGUUCAAUCCCCGCCUGGUGCCACAAGCCGGGAUUUUUCAGCCGCCACUGAGUGAAGUUUGUUCUUCAGGAAGUUAAUUAUCGGGCUCUUUGGAGUGCAUCUGUGUUGAAUGCCAGAAGUUUGCUGUCGGAUCACAUGCAUUGUAGGAAGGUUUUCAACUCCCACCUGCCUGGCUGUUUAUCUGUGUUUGACAUUUGCUCCUCUCAACUCUUCAAGGGGUUGGACACAGCAAAGAAUUGUUUGUUUCCUUAUUUGGUGCACAUGUUGGAUGAUUUGGUCUCUUCCCUUCCCUAGAUACAAGUGUGGUUGAUUCAGGUAUAGACUGGAGACAGUUAGAUGUAUACUGACGAGAUAAUUAGGUAUCAGAACAUGGACUGUAGGCCAGACCUUAAUGGUAUAGCCUUUGUUUUGUGGUAGGAGUAAGGCCAGUUUUCUCUCCCCUGCGUUGGUCCUUGGCAGAUGAGUGGCUCACCUUGUCAGUGCAGUAAUCACUCUAUUUGAUGAGAUUGACAUUUAUCCUGCCACAUGAACCUACACACGCUUCAGUAUGUUGAUAUAAAUUGUAUUUUAUUUGAUACCUUUUAUGUUAUUAUUGAGGAUUUUUUUCUUUUUUAACUAUUAAGACAAAACUAUUUUUAUUUGAUGAAAUAGUAUUUAGUUUGUACUGUUUUUCUUUCUUCUUCUUCAUGUCACAUCCCGGCAGGUGGAACUUAUGCCCUCUGCCUUCUUUUCGCUGGAGCUGAAAGCAAGAGAUGGCAAGCAUUCUCCUACCUCACUAGAUGCAUUUCCUGUCCUGCUGUUGGGGUUACCUCUUAGUAUGUACUGUAAACAAGAUAUUUUAUUUGGUACAGUAUUGUACGUAUUGAUACUUUUUGAUAUAACAAACUUUAUGCAACAAAUUGGUGUCCCCCACUUAGAUGAUUAAAUAGAGGGUUUACUGUUUAUGAAUUUUGUAAAGGUGUGGCAACUGUGGUGUGUUGUGUGUGCAUAGCUAAUGGGAAGCACAAGCUGGGUGCUGUGUCUUUGGUGGCAUCGCAGGGUAUGUGCUGCUCACUUAGGUUAAUUAUGAACUGAGUGGAAAGAAUACACUUUAUUGUAUUUACAAAGCUUUGUACUAAUUGUUUUCACAAAAACAAAUCUGUAUGGUAAUUUACCCUGAAAAGCCCUCAGGCUCAUGAGUUACACAUUGUUCCCACUUACAGAAGUGCAAUACCCAUUGUUUGUUAUUAGUACUUGUGUUUAUGAAAAUUUCAAGCUUUGCAAGACAUAUUCCUUCAGUUUUCUUAUAAAUUCAACUUUUUUUAUUAUACAUACAUGGUUACCUGUUCACAAAUAUAAAAUAUAAUCUUCAUAAUGAGUUUUAACCCAAUCUCCAAAGCAUCAACUUUGGGAUCAUCUAUUUGUGGCGAGUCUUUAAAAGCAGCGCCGAGAACUUGCGCCGCACACACCGAGACACUCGCUGGUCACCCGGCAGCUAGCUACACAACGUGGCCUACUGUUGUGGACACUCCAUUAUUGUGUACGAAAUCCUUUUUUUUCCCCUAUGUAAAUGUUUUAAUAAGUUGUUUUUUAAACUGUAAAGAACUAUCUUAGAAACAAUAUUCUACAUCAACACAACAUGUCUGAUGUUAUUGUGUUGACUCAAGAGGAACAGGUACUUGGCAAUUUUUUUUUAUAUAUAUUUAGUUACAUUAAUGGAGACAAAAUAAGAAGCAUCAGCCUAACCAUAUGACUGAACUGACAAGGAUCAGCUAUACAACAGUGUGCAUUGCAUUCAGGUUCUAUAAACAAACCUGACAGUAAACUGUAUACCAAACAA